UGUUUACAUUUUCAGACCUUUUCAAGUUGGGCUGCGCACAAAGUUGUCGUAAAUCAGAUCCGAAAUGGAGCUGAAUAUCUUCGACGACUGCUGGGAGUUGACGCACCGAUUUCAGCGAUUGGUCAACGAUGGGGAAAACAUCGAGUUCGAGGUGUUUUGCAGGUGCUGGCGGAAAAUGCAGCUGCAGCACCUCUUCUCCGCCCAGUCUAACCACACCGAGUUAAUAUCCACCACUCUAGCGGCGCUGCACGUGGCCAAGCGACUGUCCUGCUCCCGCCGCACCAACGGGGACAUCUUUGCCGCCUCGCGCUGCCAAAGGAUUGCCGGAUUCUAUCUGCUCUACGUGAUCUACAACAAGCAACCCACCCACAACUUCGUGAAGAUCGAGGUCUCACCUCGCACCUGGCAGGAGCUAACCACCUAUGCGAUGGAGCUGCGCAAUGACAGUCCAGAUAGAAAGGACACCCAGCAAGUGGCCUACAUGUUUUGGCGCCUCGUCCAGGAGCAGGCCUUCCGAUUCACGGCGCUUGACUACUGUCAGGGAUUGGACAACCUGGUGGACUACGACCGACUGGAGACUGUAGCUGGUGCAAAGAGACAAAGGCAGAGUGCCUUGAUCCAGAAGCAGCAGCGCCCCAAUAAUGUCAGUCUCACUUACGAACUGGAGGGUCUGCAAUCACUGGACCGGGCCUGUCAGCCAUUAUGUGAACUGGAAUCAGCCUAUAAUGCACAAAAGUUGCAACUGGCCGGACAGGUGCAGGCUCUGCCGCCCACUCAUAUUUUUGGCCAUCUGCGGGAAGUCUUCACAGACAUCCAAAAGCUACUGGGAAAUGAAAAGAACCCUGGAGAUGAGGAGCGGCCCACAACUUCUGCGAGCAACCAGUUAGAGGUGCGCCAAAGAGUACGAAACAAGGCCAUGUACGGCAUGGAGGAAAGGCAGCCGCAGCCCCAGGCGGAGGAACUUGAAGUGGAACUGGAAGUCAGCGAAUCGUAUCAACGAAGAAUGUCAUCGGCUACCGUGUUCCAAAAGCCAUUGCCCAAAGAUGUACAGCGGGAGUACGAGAUGUAUGAUUACAGUGACGACGAGGAAGAUGAGGAGGAAGAAAGCGAGAUCACAGAGGAAGAAGUACAAGAACUACUGGGCACUUAAGCUUAAGUUUAUACUACUGAAACCAAAUCAACACCACUUAUUUUUAAGUUCAAUAAAGACUACAUGUAAUAAAUUUA